AUGUACAUAUACCUGCGCCCCCACUGCAGUCCCGCAGAGCAUGGGAGGCAGCAGCAGGAACGUCAUGAUGUUAACAAAACUGCACGAGCUAUCUCACAAUGUAUAUUUCCAAUCUGGACUAAGUAUGUAUCUGGCCAGUUUCGAGGUUAUGUCAAUGUCAAUCCUCGGACCCUCCUUCCCCGACCUCCAGAUGAUCUACCACAUGUCUCUGUCUCAGAUCAGUGUCAUGAUGCUCGUCCUGUAUCUCGGAACCCUCGUGGGAGCAAUGGGUGCAACUUACAUCUUCUCCAGACACCAAGCCAAGGCUGCCAUAUCUGUAUGCUUGUUCAUCAGUUCGGUCACGCUGACCUUAGUACCAAUAGCUGGUUCAUAUGUGCUUCUCCUGUGCGAUGUGUUCGUCCUAGGCGCAUCUCUGGCAGUGCUAUCAACGGGUGGAUAUUGUCAGAUGCACGCGUUGUGGCCCUCCAGUCCUACCUGCUUUCAUGUGUUGGGUUUAGGUUUUGCCGUUGGGGGUAUUAUAUCUCCUUUCCUCGUUGUGCCAUUUCUUGGUGAUUCGAGGUUACUCCCGCCAGUGCUUAACGCCACCGAUAGUGGUAGCCAUAACAAACACAUCCCUACAACGUGGGACCAUUCUUGGAACCUUACAAUGUAUUCCAAUGACACUGAUCUCACUGUAGAAAACGGUUCCAUGUCUCAGAACAUUUUGAUAGACGGUAAUACGACAAGAAAAGGCCGUAGUACUGAGCUGGUAAUCCCUUAUGCCUUGUUAGGUUCUUUGAACAUCAUACCAUGUGUAAUAUUUGUAUAUUUGCAUAUUUUUCCAAGUAAACCAUAUGCAUUGCAAGUUUCUUCACACGAGCCUAUACCAGAAACUGAGACACCUAGAAGCUACACCUUGUAUUCUUGUAUAUUCACCACCGUAAUAGUGAUAUACUCCGCCCCUGCCUAUAGCAUAGGGCUGACCUUUGGGCAAUAUCUGGUGACGUUUGGAUUGGAAACAGGGCUUGAUCUCAGUGUCCAGACUCUAUCAGAAAUGACCGGGAUAUUUUGGCUGUCAAUGCUAAUUGGGAAAUCCAUAGUGUUGUGUCUAACAAAAUGGGUGAGUCAGGCGAAGAUAAUGUUUGCAGGGAUAUCUGGCCUCACUGUGACGCUGGUUUUAUUAUGUUUAUGGGCAGUAAACUCAAUCAUUGGAUUAUGGAUCACCUCCAUAGCUUUUGGUGCCAUGUCAGGAUAUUACUUUAAUUGUUCAGCAGAAUGGGGUCGACAGGUUGUUGAGUUCCCUCCCUUUGUUAUGUGUUUGUGCUGUUUUGGCGAUAGAGUUGGGACAUUAAUUAUAGUAUACCUCUGUGGAAUACUUAUGGAUACAUAUGGACAUAUGUUCUUUGCUUAUGUGUUGAUGUCUGCGUUGUCUCUGAUGUGGAUCCUAUUGUUGUGUAUGGGUAUGUUAUCAAGAAUAUUGGUGGGAGCAUAAGAUGAGAGACUCCAUGUGUACAUUCCGCCAUUGUGAAAGUGUGUGUACCAUGGUCAGGGUGCCGUUGUACAAAACAACCUUAGUGCUAAGACUACCUGAAGUCAAUGUUAAGGUAUUGGAGCUACGGUCAUCUUAGCGCUAAGGUCGCUCUGUACAACAGCACCAAGGUCCAUAGAGUAACCAAUCAUUGUAAUGGGUGUUAAAUGAACGUUGUGAAUCACAGCCAAAGCAGCCUUCAUAAUAUGUUAAGUUACCUCCAUCGUACUCCAACACCAGUGUUGACAGUAGUGAGGGAGAUCACGCUUGAAAUAAGGGACAUAUACUAAGCAUUUUUCAUUCGAUCAGCUAUGUGGUUUUAUAUACAUAGUUCCUUGGUUACAACAGAGGUAACCUUGGUUACAACAGAGGUAACUGAUUGUUGUUAACGCUGCUUGUAAGCAAUAUUCAUUCUAGACCGAAAACACUUGGGCAACGACCCAGACCACCCGGUUCCCAGUUCAGUCAAUAAGAAGGCUGCCGAUGACAAUGCAAGUGUCAAACGAUGUUCUACUGAUAUUAGACCAGAACUAUUGUCAGCGGCGCAAUAACACACAACGCACCAUUUAUGAAUGUGUGGCGUCAUUCGGCUACCUAUCACAUCCCCAAGGUGACUCUCCACUAAGAAGUUUCUGCCACACGUGUGUGUCAUCAAGGCGAAAACGAUCAUGCAAACUAGACAGGAUUAUAGAAUAUUUAUAAAACACGCUAAAACUACGAUGUUGCAACGUACAUAAAGACAAUUUUACUU